UUACGUUUCAGCUUAUUAAUAGACAGUUACGAUAAUUUCCAAAUUGGCUUGAGUUUUCGUUAAAUUACUACAAAUAAAACUAAAUAAAUGUACGGAACAUUUUUUAUGUCGAAAGGCUGUCUGUUUGACUUACAUGCUUCGUGGGUAGUCGGUCCAUUGUUGGACCUCCCUCCUUCCUCCGCCUGAAAGUAAGCCAUGCCCAGAUAAAUCACUCCCAGCACAGAGUGGUAACCUGCACUGUGGGCUGCAAGCUGGGGGGAAGAAGAGGCUGGAGAGCGGCUUUCAACACUGUUGCUCUCCGUUGAUAUAAUUAAAAAAAAUUGCACGAGGACCACCUUUGCCCACAUUUAACGGCAUCGGAGCUGCUCAGUUUUAACAGUAUGUCCGGUCUUAGCACCAUAACCAGGGUGCUGGUCGUUCUGUGUAUCGGGACUGCAGUGAAAUGCAUGCCCAAGGGGACGCAGCGGGAUCGGCGACAGGCGCAGCAGCAUCGUGCUUCCUCCGUCUCUCCAGAUGGUUGCACAGAGAAUGGUCACUUCUAUAAUGUUAAUGACCAGUGGGAGCGUCUAUUUUUGGGCAGCACUUUGAUCUGUACUUGCCAUGGAGUUGCUGGGAUCAAAUGUAAAAGCAAACCUGAAGCUGAGGAAAGGUGCUACGACAAAAUCAACCAGCUGUACUACACUGUGGGAGAAACCUAUGAGAGACCCAAGGAUGGCAUGAUCUGGGACUGUACCUGUAUUGGAUCAGGGAGGGGCAAGAUCAGUUGCACCAUUGCUAAUCGUUGUCACGAAGGUGAAGCUUCAUAUAAGAUAGGAGACACCUGGAGGAGACCCCAUGAAACAGGAGGCUACAUGUUGGAGUGUGUCUGUCUGGGUAAUGGCAAGGGAGAGUGGACCUGCAAACCUGUUGCUGAGCGUUGCUAUGACAAUUCGGCGGGAACAUCCUAUGUUGUUGGGGAGACGUGGGAGAGGCCAUAUCAGGGAUGGAUGGUGGUGGACUGUACCUGUCUGGGAGAGGGAAGUGGACGCAUCACAUGCACAUCUAGAAAUCGCUGUAACGACCAGGAUAUGCUGUCUUCAUACCGUAUUGGAGAUACAUGGACCAAGACAGAUGCCCGUGGCCACCUGCUUCAAUGUCUGUGCACAGGGAACGGUCGAGGGGAGUGGAAGUGUGAACGGCAUGCCUCACUUCACACCACCAGCCUGGGCACUGGGUCUCGUGUGAUCACCAACAUCCAGCCUGACCUCUACAAGCCUGUCACUGUACAUGAAGUUCUUAACGAGGGAACCUGUAGGACCGACACAGGACUGAUAUACUUUGAUGGACAGCGCUGGAUUAAGAACCAGGGAAAUAAGCAGAUGAUCUGUACCUGUCUUGGCAAUGGAGUAAGCUGUGACCAGUGGGAUGGGCCAGCUCCAGUGUAUGGUGGCAACUCUGGAGGUCUGCCUUGUGUGUUCCCAUUUGUCUACAAAGGCAAGACCUACCACUCUUGCACCUCUGAUGGACGCAGUGACGGACAGCUGUGGUGCUCCACCUCCUCCAACUACGAGACCGACCAGAAACAUUCUUUCUGUACAGAGAAGAAUGUGGUUGUGGUGACGCGAGGCGGAAAUUCUAAUGGUGCUCUGUGUCAGUUCCCCUUCCUCUACAAUGGCCGAAACUAUACAGACUGUACUGCAGAUGGACGGAGGGAUGGCAUGAAGUGGUGUGGCACCACAACAAACUACGAUGCAGAACAACGGUUUGGGUUCUGUCCCAUGGCUGCUCAAGAAGAAGCAUGUACAACAACAGAAGGGGCGAUGUACCGCGUAGGAGACCAGUGGGAUAAACGGCACGAUGUACUCGGUCACAUGAUGCGGUGUACCUGCGUUGGCAAUGGACGAGGAGAAUGGAGCUGUGUUGCUUACUCUCAGCUCAAAGACCAGUGCAGUGUGGAUGGACUGACCUAUGAGGUUAACCAGACCUUCACCAAACAACAUGAUGAGGGAUACAUGAUGAACUGCACUUGCUUUGGGCAGGGGCGCGGUCGCUGGAAGUGUGAUGCCAUUGACCAGUGCCAGGAGCCAGAGACGAGAGUUUUCUAUCAGAUCGGGGAAUCUUGGGAUAAAGUUCUCCAUGGAAUCAUGUACAAAUGCUAUUGCUAUGGCAACGGUGUUGGAGAACUCAGCUGUGAACCCCAGCAGUCCUACCCUGGUGGUCAUCGUCCUGUUCAGGUGAUCAUAACAGAAUCUGGAAACCAGCCCAACUCCCAUCCUAUUCAGUGGAAUGCUCCACCAUCUGCUCACAUAACCCAGUACAUCCUUAAAUGGAGAGUGAAAGACUCCCGUAGUCCAUGGAGGGAGGUGAAUAUUCCAGGCCAUCUGAACUCCUACACCAUCUCCGGUCUGAAACCAGGCAUCACAUAUGAGGGUCAGCUGGUCAGUGUGCUGCGGUUUGGACACAGAGAAGCUACACGUUUUGACUUUACCACCACUUAUGGAACAUUGAUGACUUCCCACGGCGAGACCACACCACUUCCCACUGUGGUUGACACCUCGGAAUCAGUGACAGAAAUUACCUCCAGCAGCUUCGUCAUCUCGUGGGUUUCUGCCUCUGACACAGUUUCUGGUUUCAGGGUGGAGUAUGAGCUCACCGAGCAGGGACAGGGCACUGGAGAGCCCAUUGUUUUAGACCUGCCGCGUACCGCUACCUCAGUGAAUAUUAAUGAGCUUCUGCCUGGGAGAAAGUACAAUGUUAAUGUCUAUGAGGUUACAAAUGGAGAAGACAUUCUCAUUCUAUCUACUUCAUCUAAAACUGCACCUGAUGCUCCAAAGGAGCAUGAAGUGGAGGAAGUGGGAGAUACCUCCAUCGUGAUCAGCUGGGAAAGACCCCUGGCUCCCAUCACUGGGUAUCGUGUGGUCUACACACCAUCAGUAGAAGGCGAAAGCACGGAGCUGAUUCUGUCAAAUACAACAACAUCUGUCACUCUUAGUGACCUUCUUCCUGGGAAGGCGUACAACAUCAGUAUCUACGCAGUGGAACAUAGCCUGGAGAGUGAACCUAUCUUUGUCCAGAUCAACACCUCUGGAGAGCCACUGCUGGAUGAAGUGGCUUCUCCCUCUGACCUGCAAUUCUUCGAAGUGUCUGACAAGAAAAUUGUCUUGACCUGGUCUGGCCCAGCUGGUGAUGUCUCAGGUUACCGGGUCACCAUAGUCCCAGUUGAGGAGUCUGUUUCUACCCCGACAGAGAUGACUCUGCCUGUUGGUCAAAACUCCUACAUUGAAGUGACUCACCUGCAGCCCGGCACACUGUACCGCUUCAACAUCUACGCCAUCCACAAUGGAGAGGAAAGUUUGCCACUUAUUGGGGAGCAAACCACGAAGCCAGAUGCCCCCACAGACAUCCAUUUUGCCAAUGUGACUGAGGACAGUGCAGUCGUGCUGUGGUAUGCACCCCGUGCCAAAAUUACUGGCUACCGUCUCUUCCUCACUAUUGAGGGCUCGAACCCCAAACAGCUGCGUCUGCCUGCCCGUCUAACUCAAUACACCCUCCUCAACCUGAAGCCUGAUACAGAGUACACCGUCACACUGCACUCAGAACAGGACAACACACUGAGUGUUGGAGAGAGCACUGUGUUUACCACUGGCCCACCAAUGGGUAACGCUCCUCAGUUCAACACUGAUGUGACUGACACUUCCAUUAUAAUCUCUUGGACUCCAGUUCCUCGCAUUGAAUACAAGCUGACAGUACGGCCCAGUCAAGGAGGGGAAGCCCCAAGAGAUGUGACCUCUGAUUCGGGGAGUAUUUACAUUAACGGUCUGACUCCUGGAGUAGAGUACACUUACAGCGUCCAACCAGUCAUUAACGGCCAAGAACAUGGGACCCCAAUCACCCGCCGUGUUGUUACACCUCUGUCUCCUCCCACUGAUCUAAACUUGGAGUCCAACCCAGGCACUGGGGAGCUCAUCGUCCAGUGGAAUGGAGCUGGUACACCAGACAUCACAGGCUACAGAGUGACAUGCACACCCACCAAUGGGCAACAAGGAAACAGUGUGGAGGAAUUUGUGGAGGCUGGGCAGAACUCCUGCACCUUGGAGAAUCUCAGUCCAGGAGUGGAGUACAAUGUCAGUGUUGUCACUGUGAAGGAUGAUAUGGAGAGCACUCCUGUGUCAACUAUCAUCACACCGGAGGUGCCACAGCUGACUGACCUCAGCUUUGAGGAUGUGAGUGACACCACCAUCAGUCUCCGCUGGUCACCGCUCAACACUACAGCCAUCACUGGUUACAGGAUCACAGUGGUUGCAGCUGGCGAGAGUGUCCCCAUCUUUGAAGACAUGGUCACGCCAUCCACUGGGCAUUACACAGUCUACGGGCUGGAACCUGGCAUAGACUACGACAUUAGCGUGGUGACUGUGACGGAGAGCGGCGAUAGUGAACCCACCAUUCUGACUCAGCAGACCUCCGUACCAGCACCCACUAACAUGGGCUUCGGUGAAGUCAGUCCAGACUCUAUGGAAGUCACCUGGGUUCCUCCUCAAGUCCCGCAUACUGCUGACAUCAACAGCUUCCUCAUCAGGUAUCAUCCCAUUGAUGAUGAAGAUGAAAUGACAGAAACCAGCGUAGGAGGCAGGACCAACAGUGUGGUGCUGAAGAAUUUGCUGCCUAACACAGAGUAUCUUGUGAGCGUUGUGUGUGUCUAUGAGCAGAGAGAGAGCUCACCCCUUGUUGGCACCAUGAAAACAGCUCUUGAUUCGCCGGUUGGUCUCCGUUUCUCUGAAAUCUUUACCAACUCCUUCACCAUCCACUGGCUCGCUCCCCAGAGCAGAUUCACUGGUUAUCGCAUCCGGUACCAGAUGGUGAGUGGUGGGAGGGCCAAGGAUGAGAGGCUGCCCCCGUCCAGGAGCCACUUUACUCUAACGGGACUCAUUCCAGACACAGAGUACUUGGUCAACAUCUUUGCCGUGAGCGGGAAACAGGAGAGCCUGCCGCUCAGCGGAAAACAGAAAACAAUUUCUGAUGCUCCUACUGACCUAGAAGUGCUGGAUUCGUCCCCCACGAGUAUCACAGUCCGCUGGGCUGCCCCACCAGUCACUGUGCGCUACUACAGGAUCACUCAUGGAGAGUCAGGAGGUGACAGUAACCCCAAGGAGUUCACUGUCCCCGGCUCUCAGUCCACUGCUACGAUCAGUAACUUGAAGCCCGGCACUGACUACACAAUCACUGUUUACGCUGUGACCGGCAGAGGAGAUAGUCCCGCAUCCAGUAUCCCAAUCUAUGUCAUGCACAAAACUGGUGUCAGCUCUCCCUCUAAAAUGGAGGUGACGGAUGUUAAUGAUAGCAGCGUCACAGUGAGAUGGAGCCCAGCUCAGGGUCCCAUCGAGGGAUACAGGGUGACUGCGGUCCCCAGAAAUGGACUGGGACCUUCUUUCACAGAAGUGGUUGCUCCAGACCGGACAGAGAUUACAUUUUCAGGCUUGAUGCCAACAGUAGAAUAUGCAUUGAGUGUGUCUGCUGUUGGACCAGGUGGUGUAAGCUCUCCUCUGGUGGUGAAUGCUGUAACAAAUGUAGACCGACCUAAGGACCUUACCUUCUCAGACAUUGAUUCCACCGCCUUGCGGAUCACUUGGGACAGUCCUGAUGGAAUUGUCACAUCUUACCGAGUUUUGUAUUCGAGUUCAGAGGAAGGUGAAAGGGAGCUACUUCCCUCUCCCAGAGGAGACGCUGAGUCCACUAUUAUUUAUGGUCUCCAGCCUGGCACUGAAUACACCGUGAAAGUCAUUGCCAUGCACGAUGACACUUCUAGUACACCACUGGUCGGGACACAAGCCACAGCGAUCUCUCCUCCUGCUAACCUCCAGUUCUCCCAGGUUGGCCCCACGUCUUUCACUAUGCACUGGACUGCACCAGGUCAGGAAAAUAGAAUCACUGGUCUCCCAGGCCUCUCCGGCUACCGUGUAGUUGUGAACCCAAAGAACAAGAGUGGACCCACCAAAGAGAUCAACCUGGCCCCAGACACGACUGAGACACAUAUCUCUGGACUCAUGAUUGCAACAACGUAUGAAAUCCAUGUUUAUGCCUUAAAGAACGCUCUAACCAGCAGGCCUGUCCAGGGAGAGGUCACCACUCUGGAGAAUAUCAGCCCCCCUCGGCGUGUACGUAUCUCUGACUUGAACGAUUCCUCUAUCACUCUGACCUGGCGGUCCAAGACAGACACCAUUUCUGGCUUCCUUAUUGAAGCCACGCCCACCUCCUCCUCUUCAGGUUACAUUCCCAUUCAAAGGACAAUCGGUCCUGAGUCACGCUCAUACUCUAUUACGGGUCUGGAGCCUGGCACCACUUACAAGAUCAGUGUGUAUACACUGAAGGGCAAUGGACGCAGUAUACCUCUCACACUGACUGCAACCACAGCGCAACCACUAGUCAUCCCACCCACCAAUAUCCGCUUCACCUCCCUAAAUCCCACCAGCAUUUCAUUCAUGUGGGAUCUGUCUCGCAGUCCAAAGGUCACUAGCUAUUAUGUCACCUAUGAGGAGGCUGGAGGUUUGCCCAGAGAAGUCAUUCCUAGACCCCACGCAGGCCAAAGUUUUGCAACCAUUAAUGGACUGAAACCAGGAACAGAAUACGUCGUUAAGAUCGUAGCGCUGCAGAACACUUUGAGAAGCACACCACUAGUGGGCAAGGCCAGAACCCAACCGGCUACAGACUAUCCAACUAUUCCUCAACUAUUGGUACCUGACCUGCCACAGCUUCCUGUUUCUAAUCGACCCAACCCUGAAAUCCUGGAUGUUCCAGAGACCUCCAAUACCAAGAUUUUUGAUUCCAACCAUGUCCACUUAGCUGGCACAAGUGGCCAGAAUCAUCCAGGCCAGCAGGGUCAGCACAUUUAUACAGAGUAUCAGAACCUGGGACCCAAUAAUGGAUUUCAUGGUCCCUACAGUGGUCCCAAAGAAGGCCAGAGACCCACUCUCAGAGAGCCCCUGGUUUAUAUUCCUGUAGCAGGCCCUGAUGGAAACAGAGUACCCCUGGUCAAGGUGAGUGACAGACAGCUGCCAGGUCUUGCUUUUGGUUUCCCUGACAACGAAACAGACUUGCCCCAAGAAGCAAAAACAAUCACAACCAUCUCCUGGCAACCAAUCCCUGAAACUGCAGAGUAUGAGGUGUCCUGUACCCCCAUCACACAUCUGGAGGAGAGAGGCUUCCAGAUGCGUCUUCCAGGCACUUCCAACAGUGCCACGCUGAUUGGACUGACAUCUGGAGCAUCCUAUAAUGUUCUUGUAGAGGCCAUGAAGGGCGGGACCAAGGAAAGGGUCCAGGAGGAAGUCGUCACUGUUGGCAAUGCUGUUCCAGGUGACAUUCCCAUUACCACCAACCAGGAUGUGUGUUAUGACACAUUCACACACACCUACCACGAGGUGGGCUCAGAGUGGGAACGCAUGUCUGAGACGGGGUUCAAGCUGUGGUGCCGCUGCCUGGGGCUGGGCAGUGGGCAUUUUAGGUGUGAUUCAUCCAAGUGGUGCCAUGACAACAGUAAUAACUACCGCAUUGGAGAAAAGUGGGACCGCCGCGCUGAGAAUGGUCACAUGAUGAGCUGCACCUGCCUGGGCAAUGGAAAAGGAGAAUUCAAAUGUGAACCUCAUGAGUCGACAUGUUAUGACGAUGGGAAAAUGUACCAGGUUGGAAACCAGUGGCAGAAGGAAUACUUGGGUGCUAUCUGUACCUGUACCUGUUAUGGAGGACAACAGGGCUGGCGGUGUGAGAACUGUAGGAGGCCAGGAGGACAGAUUGAGGUGGAAGCUGACCUCCUGCAGCCUGUUCCCUCAGAUGCUUUCGACCGCUACAGAGAAAAUGCUCUACGUAAACUAAACAUCCAGUGUCCGAUUGAAUGUUUAAGGCCAGAGCUGCUUGCAGAUGCUCACAGCCCCCUAGAGUAGAGGAGGAGCAUAAGUGUGAAGAAAGGAGUAUACAGGAAGUGAGGCACCUUAAAGUGUCAUCACUUCAAAAAGGAAGCCUCCUUUUGCUGCAUUAAAAAGACAAUGUUUCCAUCAGAUUUGUGCCUUUUAAAGUUUUCACCUCACCAAAGUCUAGUGCCUUAACAAGAUGUUCUGCUCCAAACUCUGUGCUUCAUCAAAGAGCCCAACUUUCCUUCUGGGUGUUGAUCAACAGAAACAGGAUUUCAUCAUCUGAUGUAUUUUUCUAAUCAAAUCACAGCAUAAAUUUUUGCUGCUUCAUCACCGUAAACCUGACCACAAAAAUGCUUUUCUUUACACACAUAAACUCACUGUUGUCUUUUUUUUUCUUUUUUUUUUUUUUUUGCUGUUAUUUUAGGGUUUUUGUUCAUUUCAGAUCAUUCCAUGAGAAAUUUCCUUUGACCAAAACAAAGCAUUGAUGAAAAUCAUUUAGGACAUUUGCUGCAACAUUAGUUUGAUCAUUUCUGGUCUAUUUAAAUAAUCACAAAAGAGGGAGAUUUGUUUAAAAGAAAAUCACAGCCAUACAGUGUUUUAUUGAUCCCUAAAACUACUCUAUCAACUCUUGUUUCAGCUGUAUUGACCCAGAUAAGACACGAUAGUUGGAUUGAAAUGAAUCUGUUUUGACAGAUUUAUUAAAACAGAUAGAAUUAGCAUUAAUAUUAAAGAAAGUUAUUUUCGUCAAAGAAUGCCACUUUAAGUGUGAUGUCUUUGUCCCUGUAGUCAGUGUGCUGCUUAUUCUGCUUUCUAAAUUAGAAAAGCAUUGAAAGCAGAUAACUUUCCAUUUAGUAUAUAAGCACUGUUGCCCAGCUGUUAUAAGGCUUUUGGAUUUAUUAUGCAGUUUUGGUCUAUUAUCUGCAGUCUGGGUUUGUUUUAGAAGUAGAAAAUAUAACACCUGUUGGACUGAUAAAGCAAAGCUGACCUACCAAAUGUUAAAAUUGUUAUUUCCAAGCUGAAUUUUUAAAAAAUACUGAUGUUUUAAAACAAUAUCCAUUUUAAAUACAUGUUUGUUUUUUUUUUUUUCUUCUUUUAUUUAUCCCUUUUUAUUUAGGCAUUUUGCUCAGUGCUGUUUAGGGUGUACACUUUAUUUUUAAUUAACUUGUUUUUGUAUUGUUGGUGCCAAACUCUGAACUACUGUGGACUGAAUCUUUUUAAUAAACUU